GGGGCGUUGCGAUGAGCACUCCUCUCACCGUCUCCGCGCCGCUGUGUAGCUGGCUGCUCGCGGCAUGCUACACAAGAACAAUGGCGGGGAUCUCUGGAAUGGAGCAGCAGCCGGGCGCCAAUGCAGGCUUGACAGGCAGGGUGAGCAGUAGCAGGAGAUCCGGAAGGCGGAGCGCCAGAUCUCGCAGCGCCGCCAUGCUGCACCAGCGGAUUGUGGCAGCGGCGGGGACCAUGGGGAGCAGCAUGGUCGCGUGCCUCUCUUUCGAGGCUUGCCCUCACUAUCGCAAUGCCAAGUGGUCAUCGUUCUUGUGGGAGGAAGAAGCGCGGAUUCUUGGCUCCCCUCAGCGAAAGAGGGCAAGCAAGACGAGAUGCGCCGCUGCGAUCACAGAUCGGCUCGUGGCUCCCGAAAAGGAUGCGGGCGAGGAGAGUAGGAGCAGCACCUCCGUUCGAGACAGAAGGGUUGUGAUCACAGGAAUGGGUCUUGUUUCCUCUCUUGGUAAUGAUCCAGAUACCUUCUACGACAACCUGCUUGAAGGAAACAGCGGGAUCUCGGAGAUCCAAAACUUCGACUGCCAGGAGUUUCCCACGCGGAUUGCUGGAGAGAUCAAGGACUUCUCCGCUGAUGGCUGGGUUGCUCCAAAGUUUUCGAGACGCAUGGACAAGUUCAUGCUUUACCUCCUUACCGCUGGCAAAAAAGCGGUGGCCAAUGCUGGAAUCGCUGGCGAUGGCUCAGUGGAGCUUGACAAGAGCAAGUGUGGAGUUCUCAUGGGGUCCGCCAUGGGAGGCAUGCAGGUCUUUAACGAUGCCAUCGAAGCUUUGAGGGUCUCGUACCGCAAGAUGAACCCGUUUUGUGUCCCAUUUGCUACGACUAACAUGGGGUCAGCAAUGCUGGCCAUGGAUCUGGGAUGGAUGGGUCCAAACUAUGCAAUCUCGACGGCGUGUGCUACCAGCAAUUCGUGUAUAUUAAGUGCUGCAAACCACAUCAUUCGAGGGGAAGCGGACGUCAUGGUCUCCGGCGGGUCGGAUGCGGCGAUCAUUCCAAUUGGUCUUGGAGGAUUUGUCGCUUGCAGAGCACUGUCACAGCGAAAUGACGAUCCCAGUAAAGCGUCACGUCCCUGGGAUCGGGAUCGGGAUGGCUUUGUUCUUGGAGAAGGUGCAGGCGCCCUUGUUCUGGAGGAACUGGAGCAUGCAAAGAGACGAGGAGCAGAAAUCUAUGCUGAAUUUCUCGGCGGAAGCCUUACAUGUGAUGCGUAUCAUGUGACUGCAGCUCAUCCGGAAGGCACUGGAAUGCUUCUUUGCAUUGAAAAGGCGCUGGACCAAUCCGGCGUGAGACGGGACGAUGUCAACUAUGUUAAUGCUCAUGCCGCGUCGACAAGGUCUGGAGAUGUUCAAGAGUACAAAGCCAUAAUGCAGUCCCUUGGCGACAACACUGAGUUGAGAGUCAAUUCAACGAAAUCGAUGAUGGGUCACCUUUUAGGAGCUGCAGGAGCGGUAGAUGCCAUAGCCACUAUCCAGGCUAUCAAAACAGGUUGGCUGCAUCCCACCAUAAACAUCGAGAAUCCGGAGAAAGAUGUGAAUAUGGACUACAUUGUGGGAAGCCAAAAGCAACGAUUUGAUGUGAAAGUUGCGCUCUCGAACUCUUUCGGAUUUGGGGGACAUAACUCGUCAAUUUUGUUUGCCCCGUAUCAGGAUGAAAGGUCUGAUAACUAGGUAGAACGUGAGCUGUACCUUUUUUUCCUGCUUAAAACUUGUUGCUACCCCCUCGGCACAAGGCCAUCCUUUUCUCUUGUUUUUCAGUCUACUGUCCACCAUGGCUUUGUGAGUUCGAUGCCAUUGUCUACCAGAAACGAAUGGCAGAUGUCCAGUGAUGCUCGGCACAUAUUUUUCGUCUCGCCAAAGGUCCCCUGGAAGCGCAACAUUCCCCUCAAACUGGGUAUGACUUGAUCUUCAUUGCCAGAUUCUAACGGCUUGUCAUCCGGUUCUUUCGUAGGCAAGCCAACAAAAAUCUCAGAUGUAGUCUGUAGUGUUUGAUGCCAGCACUCGUCAUUUAGAGGUCCCAGAGUUGCGACCACCAAGGUCACUAGUUGUUCCAGGCGGCCCUCGGACAGUCCCAAAGUCCUCAAGUCGACGACAACCAGGUUAUCCCCACCAAUGCUGUCCUGCGACAAAACAACCGGGGGAGUGGCAAUGGCGACGACACGAGUGUUACCCGAUGGAUGAAAAUGUAAGGCCACUGGAGCGCUUGGCAGUACUUGUAGUAAGUGUCGGCCAGGGGCUGCUUGCGAGCUCCAGCCGAGCGCACCAGGUGAGCAUUUCUCUUUGCAAUCUCGAAUGCCUUCGAAAACA